UUAUAAUAUUACAAUAUGCAGAAUCAAAUGACCUCCUUUGCCACCCCCAAUAAUAAUAAUAAUAAUAAUAACAACAACAUUCCUAUUCACCAAACUCCUCAUACAUUCAUCACUGAUCACAACAAUCUCAAUCAUAAUAAGUACACUAAACGUGUUCAUAAUAACAAUGAUAAGAAUGUCCUCCUUCGUGUCAGUGGUGCAGGCCAAGCUUGCGCUGCAUGUAAAUACCAACGUCGAAAAUGUGCCCCUGACUGUGUUCUUGCCCCUUAUUUUCCACAUGAUCGUCAACGACAGUUCCUCAAUGCUCAUAAAUUGUUUGGGGUCAGCAACAUUACCAAGAUCAUUCGCCACCUUGAUCAACCGUUCAAAGAUGAGGCAAUGCGGACCAUCAUCUUUCAAUCUGAUGUUCGUGCUAAUGAUCCUGUUGGUGGUUGUUACCGUAUAAUCAGAGACCUGCAACGUCACAUUGAUUAUUGCAAAGCGGAGCUGGAUAUUGUUAUUCAUCAACUCGCGUACUGCAGGGCACAGGCUGCUGCUGCUGCUGCUGCAUCUGAACAACAACAGAUAUUAACAGAUCAUCAUGCAACUGCGGAAUCAUUUAAUGAUAAUAAUUGUGAUGGCGUUGUGAAUCAAGCAGAUGCUUUGGUGAAUAAUAAUAACAAUGCAUCUUCGUAUGAUCAACAGCCAAUAGAUCAGUACAAUCCUCAUGAUAGUUUCUAUAAUCAUCCUCGUUGUGAUCAGCAAGCAGAAGAUGAUCAGCAAUAUGAUGGAAUUCAAGAUGGGCAAUUAGAUUUAACAGAUAUUAACUUUCCUUGGACCUUGCAUGAACAAGAAUCCACGUCUACAUCGGCUCCCAAUUCUAUGAUGAAGCAACUAUCUGUUAAUGACCAAUUUGACAAUAUUAAGGACCCUAUUCUUGAGGGGAUUUCAGGUUUCGGAAGUUUCGAACAUGAUCAAACAUUUGAUCAACACAGCUAUUCAACAAGGGAACAGACUCCAAUUGAAGGAAGAGGGUGAGCCCUUACACAUGCUUGAAGAUCAAGAUCUACAGGUGCUGCUAC